ACUGUAGUCGAAAAUAAUAUUUUAGUUUGCUGGUAUUUGUUCAUUUACAUAAAUUUUGAAUACUAUUGCCCCUUUUCGUAUUCAAAAUUAAAAAUGAAAUAAUGAUAUUAUCUCCCCUGCGAUGGAUUUAGGAGGAGAAGAGUGUGGAAGCCACAGUGGAUCCAGUCCAAUCCAGAUGCAGCCAGACUACUUGGAUGGUCAAGGUCAAGACAACUCAAGGUCAAUGCCCCAUUCACAACAUCAAGGACUAGACAUGGACAACUGUGAUUGGCCAAUCCAUGAACCAGAUCAACAUCAAGACACCAUUGAAGAUAAGCAUCACAUCCAACUCAAUGUGGAUAAUCAAAGUGUAUACUUGGACCACAAUUACUCCAAACAUCCCAUUGAAAUAAUUCGGAUCAAACCAGAGGAACUAAUUGAAGAAGAUGAGGAAGAAGAAGAAGAACAACAACAACAAUGUGGAGUAGAUAUUGGAGUGAGAAGUGGAGAAAUAAAGCAAGAGAGUGACACCUGUCUGCAGAUUGAAAGCAUCUAUUCUCUCUCCUCAGAUAGACUGAAUUCUGACCUCUCUGUUGUUGAAAAAAUUAAAUUUGAAACUGGGGAAAUUAAGGAGGAACAACAAUCUUUUGAAACAGACCAUUCAGAUGCAUUGAUGCAAAUUGAAGGUUUUUCUUCUGAUGGAGUAUCUGAGAAUUAUGAAAGUGAAAGUGUAUCAUCUGGACUGUGUAUACCAUACUUUGAGGAACGAGAAGGUUCAAGCUCUGAUAGGUCUGUUGAUGCAACUCCUGGAAACUUUAUGAUGAAAGAUUCUGAAAAAAAUUGCAAUGAGGUGGACUUACAUAUCGAAAAUGCAAGGAAGAAUGUGAUUGAUAGUGAAUUAACAAAGUGUCAGUUGUGUGAUGAAGCAUUCAGCAGCACUAGAGAAUUGAAUCUUCAUUGUAGAAUACACACAGCUGGAAAACAUGCUUGCAAAUUCUGUAACUACAAAACAACACGGAAAUCGCAUCUUAUCAUUCAUCUAAGGACACACACAGGAGAAAGACCCUUCUGCUGUGAUUUGUGUGACUACAAAGCAAUACAGAAAACACAUCUUAUCGAACAUUUAAAGUCACACACAGGAGAAAGACCCUUCAGCUGUGAUUUGUGUGACUACAAAGCAAUACACAAAUCAAAUCUUAUUAGACAUUUGAAGUCACACACAGGAGAAAGACCCUUCAGCUGUGAUUUGUGUGACUACAAAGCAACACGGAAAUCAACUCUCAUCCGUCAUCUAAUGACACACACAGGAGAAAGACCCUUCAGCUGUAAUUUGUGUGACUACAAAACAACUCGUAAAUCAAUCCUUAUCAGACAUUCAAAGUCACACACUGGAGAAAAAUGCCUCUUGCGGUAAUUUCUGUGAAUAUGAAUCAAUAUAACAUAACAUAUACAUAAUUAUUAUAUAAUUCAUACAAAAGUUGCUAAUACUAAACUUAGUCCUAAUUAUGAUAUUCCACUAUAAUAAUAAGUUGUAGUUGGGGUGAUCAUAAUAAUUUUCUAAAACAUGUAUAAAAAUUUAUUUAAUAAUUUCAGUUAUGAAGGUUAGGUACAAUAUAAUACUUAUAGAUAUAUUAUAAAAAGAUGACAGUAGUUUUCCUAUAUCCUAUUUACAAUGAGCUCCUCGGCCUGGUAAAUUCCAGUAUCAUGUAACCAAUUCCGUACUGCUCUCAGAGUAAUGACAAUCAGAGAAAUUAUUAUUACUAGUAGUUCUGUGAACAGUAGACCUCACGCAGUAUUCUCAUCCACAAGUACCUGAUGUCACUUGUUUUAAAUGUUAACAAACUCAUUUCACAUUUGAAUUUG